UCUCACGUGGUUGCGCUGUUCCGUAUUAAAGUGACGGUGAGCUGCCAGGUUCCAGGUGUUCUGUAGAGAAGAUGAACGUUCUCCUGCCGCUGCUGGUGGUCGGGUCCGCGUGCCUCACCGCCUCCUCUUCCUCCUGCCCCUAUCCUCCUGGGAGGUGGUGCUCCUCCAUGGAGUCAGCUGUUCAGUGUGGGGUUCUGAAGCAGUGCCUGGAGUCGGACCUCUUCAGGUCCCGUCGCGCAGCUGAUCCGGUCCAGGUCUCCCUUUACUAUGAGAGUCUCUGUCCUGGUUGCAGAUAUUUCCUCACGAUGGAGCUCUUCCCCACCUGGCUGCUGCUGCAUGACUACAUGUCCGUUACCCUAGUGCCGUUUGGCAACGCACAGGAAAAGCCUGAUGGACAGAAGUUUACCUUUGAGUGUCAGCAUGGGGAGCAGGAGUGUCUGGGCAACAUGAUGGAGACGUGUUUACUGAACAUGACUGACAUGGCGUUCCCAAUCAUCUACUGCAUGGAGUCCUCCGCUGAUGUCACUGGAUCAUUAGAAAGUUGUAUAAAGCUCAAAGCUCCAGAGCUGAGCACAGACAAGGUGAUGAGUUGUGUUAAAGGAGAUCUGGGAAACCAGCUGAUGCACCAGAACGCCUUGAAGACCAAAGCUUUGAAUCCUCCACACAAUUAUGUGCCCUGGGUGACCAUCAACGGGGUGCACACUGAGGACCUUCAGACCAAAGCGAUGAAUUCCCU